CUCUUCCAUUUGUGUGCGGCCCUGUUCCAGAUCCUGAACCAUGCGGGACGACCGGAGGAGAUAAACAAACAAACGUACAACCUUACACAAUUUAGCCCCACAAGACAGGCCAUUCAUAUAGAAAAGGUGCUGCACAUAGCUUGGGUGGGGUUUUAAAUGGGAUAAAAUGAGGUCUCAAGGAAUCCCCAGGGUGAAGCAAACUGAAAUGUUUGUCAAUCAGACCUGCGAUCUGGGAUGUCCCAAUGUAGGUAUAAUGACCUCUGCGAGCACUUCUGUCUGGGAGAAAGCCGCCCCUUAGUUCCUGCCUCGAUGCCAGUCAGUCCAGUUUCUCCUCAUAUAUGUCUUCAUCCACCCCUCCACCCUAGGACCUUCUGGUUCAGGACGUCAGAGGAAUCGGUUGCUUCAAUGCCUCAAAUGGGAUUGAAGGGGAAGAGUGAUUUGUGCAUCACAGAAGAAACACGACUUUAUGAAUGACACAGUGGACCCCAGGCGGUCUUUCUUUGGGGAAGUGUAACUGGUGAGGGAUUCACGACAGGCCUUUGUUACAUUCAUAGGCAGAAAGCCAGUGUCUUGUUACACUUGUUCAUUCCUCCACGAAUUAUGCUUGUUUGUGAUGAUUGUUGAGACUUUGCCCACAAUUUAGUUCUAAUUAUGAUCAUUUCUACUUAGAUUCCCAGCCCACGAAUAACCUUAACCUCUUUGGAGUUUGCACCUCUGCCUCUUUCACAGGUCUCUCUUUACUGCAAGCCAACGUUGUUCCAUGCCUGCAGCACCUUGGAGAGCACAUGUGUUAUUAUAUUGAAGUUGUAUAUCCUGUGAUCUACUACAAAUAAUUUUUAUUGCUUUGAGCAGCUUGAAAUUAUUCCACACAGACUCACGUGGUCAGAUGUAAGGUCCUAAAGGAAGCCAUUUGUGCAAGAACAAUCAGUAGAGCCUUCCUUCCUCUCUUCUUUGUAUCUGCUCCUAUGCUUCUGUCCCUCUCUUGGUGAAGUUUCCAUCAUCGACUCACUUUUGGGGCCACGUUAUUUAUAACAGUAAUUUCCUCACUGUCUAUCUUACUCUUGAAAAUCUUUCUAUGCAAUCAUGCCUAGUCAUGACAGUUAAUCAUUCAUGGUAAAGAUACUCUAUUUUCAUAAGUCAACAUGUACCUCACCAGUAUUUACUUUUAUACAGGUUGCUGCUGUGGAGCAGAGAAUGUGGAGGCACCGACGGAGCAGAACGUUUGUGGUAGAGUAUCACAAGCAAGGAAUCCCAAGGUAGCCUUGUCUUCCCAGAAGAGGCACCCCUGUGAGAGUUGUGGAAUAGUCUUGGGAAACAUUUUCCAUGUGAUGGAGCUUCAGGGAACACAAUAUCUACAGAUACUGUUGAGGUGUGGGGCAUGUGCAAAAAAGUUUUAUUUCAGUGUAAAAUUUCACCAGCAGCAUGUGAGAGAGAAGACUUCCAUUAGAGGUACAGACAGGAUCUCACUUGCAAACAGCUGCAAUUUCAAGGUGUCCCAGAAUCGUUUCACCUGCAGGAAAGUUGGUCAGGUUGACUUUACCAAAUCAGGACAUCUCUACCUAAAGGCUACUCAGACCAGGGACAGUCCAAAUGCUGUUUCAACCCGUGGGGUGACAUUUCAAAGUAGGAAAAAUGGUUACGCCAGAAAAGAAUGUAAGAAAGACAUUAGUUCUACCCACAUGUUUAUUCAGGAAAAGGGUGUCCAUGUUGGAAGUGGAAGUUUUGUGUACUCUGAAUGUGGAAAAUCUUUAAUAACUAAAUCUCACCUUAAUUAUCAUCAGAGAGUUCACACAGGAGUAAAGCCUUAUCAAUGUAGUGAAUGUGGAAAAACUUUUGCAGAUUCCAGUGGUUUCCAAUAUCAUCAGAGAGUUCACACAGGAGAAAAACCUUAUCAAUGCAAUGAAUGUGGAAAAACUUUUACAGGUACCAGUGGUCUCCAAUAUCAUCAGAGAGUUCACACAGGAGAAAAGCCUUAUGAAUGCAGUGAAUGUGGGAAAACUUUUACCUGUAACACCAACCUUCGUACACAUCAGAGAGUUCACACUGGCGAAAGGCCUUAUCAAUGCAGGGAGUCUGGAAAAACUUUUACAGGUUACUCUGGUCUCCAGUGUCAUGAGAGAGUUCACACUGGAGAUAAACCUUAUAAAUGCACUGAAUGUGGAAAAUCCUUUGCAGCUAACUCUGACCUUCAUAGACAUCAGAAAAUUCACACAGGAGAAAAGCCUUAUCAAUGCAGGGAAUGUGGAAAAACUUUUGCAAGUACCAAGGGUUGCCAAUAUCAUCAGAGAGUUCACAGUGGAGAAAAACCGUUUAAAUGCAGUGACUGUGGAAAAUCUUUUACUUCUAGGGAUACCCUACGAUAUCAUCAGAGAAUUCACACUGGAGAAAAGCCUUAUAAAUGCAGGGAAUGUGCGAAAUCUUUUACAAGUAUCAUCAGUCUCCAGUAUCAUCAGAACGUUCACACUGGAGAAAAGCUUUUUAAAUGCAGUGAAUGUGGGAAAUCUUUUAAUUCAUGCAGUGAUCUUUGUCGUCAUCAGAGAGUUCACACUGGAGAAAGGCCUUAUAAAUGCCGUGAAUGUGGAAAAUCUUUUAAAGGUAGCAGUGGUCUCCAAUAUCAUCAGAGAGUACACACUGGAGAAAGACCUUAUAAAUGCAAUGAAUGUGGAAAAUCUUUUAUAAGUAACUCAGUCUUUCAUAAUCAUCAGAGAGUUCACACUGGAGAAAGGCCUUAUAAAUGCAGUGAAUGUGGGAAAUCUUUUAUCACUAAUUCCCACCUUCACAAGCAUCAGAGAGUUCACACAAGAGAAAAGCCUUAUAAAUGCAGUGAAUGUGGGAAAUCUUUUCCAAGUAGCGAUAGUCUUCAGCAUCAUCAGAGAUUUCAUACUGGAGAAAGCCAUUAUGAGUGCAUUUAAUUUGAGAUAUUGUGGGGAGCUAGCACAGCCAUGGCAUACUCAGUCCCAGGGCGCCUUAUGUGCCAUGCCAUCUCAGCUUGGGUCAGUGACCCUGAGUGGAGGCGAUGGAAGGAUUAAGAAAAGACAGACAGUAGAAUGAAAGCUGGGUCUCGGUGUGAUGCUGUCCUCUGGAGUGGAGAGAGACAGUGCCAACGCCUACAAGCCAUGUCUUUAUUUUAUAGCAGAUGCCACGAGGCAAAGAAAGGGCAUGAUCAAGAUGUUUACAACAUUCUCGUGGGUUUCAAUCCUACUCAACUACAUGCACCUGAACUCUAUCACUCAGGCACGUGAGGCCAAGUAUUUGGACUAUAGGUUCAAGUUUACAGCUAUAGCUGUUGGCUAUAAUUGUGCUGGGAAGGCUCUGCCCUCCAAGUUGGGACUUGCACGUGGCAAUGAGAGGACUGUGCCCUCUCAUCAGUCCAAGGCUUGAACCUAUCCAAAACACUGUAGCGCGCCCCUAAUGAUAUCUCUCAGACAAAUUUGUAUAUCC